AGAACACUAGGUUUCUGUGGAAACUCAAAUGCUGUAUGAUUCGACAGGAGGGAGGUUGUUAUGAAACUCCUGUGCUAUAAAUGUAUGCUCUCUGCUCCAUGAGGCAGCCUUGGUUCACUAAAGAAAGAAAGAGAAUCUCCAGAAUUGUGUAAAUGGACGGCCAAAUCAACAUCAGCCAAAUAGCAACCUUGGAAAAGCCUACUCUAUGUUAUGAGUUUAGUAACAGGUCUUGUCAGAAAUUUGUCUAUCCUUUGGAAACCCGGAUAUUCCUCUACAUCCUUUGUAGUGUCUCUUCAAUUGUCACAGUUAUAGGAAACCUGCUUGUGAUCAUAACGGUCAUUCAUUUCAAGCAACUUCACACACCGACUAACUACCUCAUCCUGUCUCUGGCCAUGGCCGAUCUGCUUGUAGGAGGAGUUGUGAUGCCUCCCAGCAUGCUGCGCUCCAUCGAGACGUGCUGGUAUCUGGGAGCUUUGUUCUGUAAAAUACACAGCAGUCUUGAUGUGACAUUAUGCACCACCUCAAUUUUAAAUCUCUGUAUCAUUUCUUUGGAAAGAUAUUACGCCAUAUGUCACCCCUUUCAAUACCACAGUAAAAUGACAUCACUGACUACACUAGUUAUGAUUAUUAUCUGCUGGACAGUUUCAGCUGCUCUGGGGUUUGGCAUGAUCUUCUUAGAGUUUAAUAUUCUUGGUGUUGAAGAUUUUUACUAUGCAAACAUUAAAUGUGAUGGAAGAUGCACACUGUUUCAGAGCAAAGACGCAGCUACUGCAAUGUCAUUGGCCUGUUUUUAUAUUCCUGCUUUUGUCAUGCUCUGCAUAUACCUGAAAAUCUUAUAUGUAGCUAAAAGGCAGGUUCAGGCCAUCCAGAGUGUGAAUUCUGAAUUGAAAAAAGAAGGAAAAGCCACUAAGACUUUGGCCAUCAUCGUGGGGGUGUUUCUGACUUUCUGGAUUCCUUUUUUUCUUUGCAAUAUUAUCGAUCCCUUCAUUGGUUACUCUGUACCACCACUGCUGUUUGACUUGUUCUAUUGGGUGGGAUAUUGUAAUUCCACAUGUAAUCCCAUAGUGUACGCCUUCUUUUAUAGCUGGUUCAGACAUGCAUUUAGAAUUAUUCUAUCCAAGGCAAUUUUUCAGACAAAUUCUUCAAAAACAGUACUGAUGUAA